AUGGCAGCAAUGGAGGAGCUGCAGGUUCAUAGCAAGUCCUACUUUGUUCGAUGGAUCCACGUCAGCGCCGGCAAUACCAUUUCUUGGAGUAUUCAACCUCACAAGAAGUCUGUGAACUUUGGUAUAUUUAAACAUCCUGGUCAAUCGUCGCUGGCAUCACACCUACCGCCUUCCGACUCCCAGAGCACCGACUCCAACGAGAACCUGCCUGCGACUGCGAAUCCCGGAUCCCGCAAUCAACAGUCAACCGUUAUCGAGAAGCUCACGGGCAUUGGUCUGAAAUCAAUCAAGUGGAUUGGAAAAUGCGAAGCCGACAAGAUUUCCAAGGGCACAUACGAUGUCCCAGCAAGUGAGUCGGGCAAUUAUGCGCUCGUUCUCGACAAUACAUUCUCGAAACAAGUCUCCAAAACUGUCACUCUCGUCCUCCUCACCUACCCGACUGGCUUACAACCUCACGCAUCCGUCUCAAUCGCCCAGUCCCAGCCCAGUGGCUCGACGGAGUCGCUGCCGCAGUCAACAGGUCGUCGACGCGGCAAUAGUCGCGCUACAUUGAACGCGCAACGGUCCGAUCUGUCCACCCCGUCGAACGGCCAUACGGGAAUAUUACAGAAGCGACGGAGAAAGCGCCAUCAGGGAUGGGCACGCCGUUAUUUCUCUUUGGAUUUUAUCUCCUCUACUCUAUCGUAUUACCAUGAUCCGAAUUCUGCCGCAUUGCGGGGUGCCAUCCCUCUCUCCUUGGCAGCUGUAGCAACCAACGAGAAAUCUCGCGAGAUCUCCAUCGAUUCGGGUACAGAAAUCUGGCAUCUUCGCGCCAGUAAUGAUCAUGAAUUUGUGUCAUGGAAGAAGGCCUUGGAGCGAGCUUCGUCCCAAGAGAAAUCGAAAAACGAGGUUUCACUUCCUAUUGGACCCCCGCAGCUGCGACUGACUAUGCCACCGCCAGCAUCUCCGGAGGAAGAGCAUGAAUGGACCCGAGUCGAGAGAUUGGUGGGAAAAGUCUCUGGAACUCGAGACGCGGUACGAAGGCUGGCCAAGGAUACCGAUCCAAAGUAUUUCACUUCGCCGCUGCCAUCUCCUAACGAGCCUCGUAGUCGCGGUCGCUCUCCAAGUCCUCAUCCUCCUGGACCUGACGGUCAGGGCGAUGCAAGACGCCCAUUUUGGAAGCGCAAGACUAGCGGGAACUCUACUUCGAGCGGCAAGCAGACUAAUUCGGUUCCUUCUCAGCUUUCAGUGCCUACUGGAUCUGGAAGGCCUGCCAGUAUUGCUAGCCACUCGGAUAGUAUGGACCAGAUCCAUGACAACCUGAUGGCUAUGCUGCGUGAUCUUGACAAUGUGGUAACAGAAUUCUCGGACCUCAUUACGGAAAGCAAGCAACGACGACACCCAGUUCGAUCUGCUGCUGUGCUGCCGCGUCGCAGUAUGGAGUCCGAUAUCUCUCAAGAAUUCUUCGAUGCUACGGAUGGAGGUGCUGCGUCUCCUCUAUUGACCAUUCAAGAUAGCGACGAUGAGGACGCUGCGGAAGAUAGGCCUGCUGAUGCUGCUGAGGAAGUAGAAGAUGAUGCUCCCUCGGACAGUGAAGAUGAACCCGAGGCUCCACACGACAGCAGCAAUGCCUCGCCAUUUUUUCCACCUCGUCCCAAGUCCCUUGCUCCAUUGCCUAUUGAUCCUAUCCGUCGACGUCAAAACAUUACUGCACCCACUGUCAUGCCUCCAAGUUUGAUUGGUUUUCUGCGCAAAAAUGUUGGCAAAGACUUGUCUACGAUUUCAAUGCCGGUUUCUGCAAAUGAGCCCAUAUCCUUGCUUCAACGUGCAGCAGAAAUUCUAGAGUACUCAUCUCUAUUGGACAAAGCUUCUCAAUCUUCAGAUGCCGUUGAGCGGCUCAUGUACGUAACCGCGUUUGCCAUAUCCUCCAUCUCCAGUAGCAGAGUACGGGAACGCUCUAUCCGCAAGCCCUUCAACCCUAUGCUGGGCGAGACAUACGAACUUGUUCGCGAAGACCAGGGAUUCCGCUUCAUCGCUGAAAAGGUCUCCCAUCGACCUGUGCAGCUUGCCUACCAAGCCGACAGUCGCGAAUGGAGCCUUGCUCAGUCCCCGCUGCCCAGCCAAAAGUUCUGGGGUAAGUCCGCUGAGAUCACUACGGAAGGCCGCGUACGCAUCACUCUGCAUGGUACCGGUGAGCGGUUCAGUUGGGUUCCCGCUACUUCUUUCCUCCGCAACAUUAUCGCUGGUGAGAAGUACGUCGAGCCUGUCGGCGAGAUGACUGUUUAUAAUGAGUCUACUGGCCACCGUACCAUCUCUUCUUUCAAGGCUGGUGGCAUGUUCUCCGGCCGUAGCGAGGAAGUCACUACUCGCACGGUUGAUUCCUAUAAUAAGCCGCUCUCGCAGGGCCUGGAAGGUACUUGGCCCUCUUCGAUAGCCAUCACUCGCGACGGUUCUCCCUCUGGCAAGCCCAUCUGGACCGCCGGUAACCUCGUCCCCAACGCUCCCAAACACUACGGUCUCACCUCUUUCGCUGCUACCCUUAAUGAGAUCACUUCUAUUGAAGACUCGCAUCUCCCGCCUACUGACUCUCGUCUCCGUCCUGAUCAACGUGCCCUUGAGGAAGGUGAUCUCGACCGUGCUGAGGAAGUCAAGGUCCAACUGGAAGAGGGCCAACGUUCCCGUAGACGAGAAAUGGAAGCCGCCGGUGAAAAUUGGACUCCGCGCUGGUUUACGCGAGUCAACGAGGACUCUGAUGGGGAGACCGUUUGGCACCUUAAGGGUGGUAAGGAUGGAUACUGGGAAGAACGCACUCGAGGCAAUUGGUCUAAUGUUAUUCCUGUGUUUGACCCUUAA